GCAGUCAGACGCCGUGGCGCACAGCGGCGGGCAGCAGCUGAGCGGAGAGAGAGGAGUGCGCACGAUAACAGUCUUGGAGAAAGCGGAAUCUCAUUUCCAAUCCCUCUCCGCCGGCCGGUGAGACAGUGAGCAGGCACGAAGCAGGACACCUGAAUGUUGCACGGCAAAAGGAUGACCCUGAAAGGAAAAGCAUACGGACUGAUUCAAACACUUAAGAAGCGUCGGAACGAAAAAGCGUGACUGACUUUUCCAUGGAGAUGAACGCAUGAGGGUGAGCUCCUUCUCCUUCACUUGGCACCAAGAUACAAGUUGGAUGUAAGCCGAAGAACUGUGAAUUUUGUGGGAUUGGUUUUAAUACUUUUAUUAGUCUGUGCAAUUAGGGAGCCCAAUUUUGGAUUCACAUUAAUCCAAAAGAGUGAUGCCCACAGAGCGCACAGCGGAGCGCACGACGAACAUUAAAUAAAUUAAAAAGAGUGCCACAUUUUUUCCCAUCUUCUUCCUUUUUUUUCUUUUUUUUUUUUUUUUCCUCUAAAGACGUGGAUCUCGACCUCGGAAUUGCACUGCCAGCUUUAAUUUAGGUGAUGACUCUUGAAUGUUUUGCAAAGCUGAGUGGUGGUUUUGCUGUGUUCACACAUAUGGGCACGCAAACUAAUCCAAAAGGGAAAAACAACAACCUCACAUCUGGAUUAUAGUGAAAUGUCAGCAUAACAGGAGCUGAUGUUUUUUUCUUUGUUUUUUCUUUUUUUUUUUUUUUUUACCCCAUGUGGUGACUUAGAUUUUAUUUAUUUCACAUGUAGAUAUAUUUCUCUGCUUUCAGAUUAUAUUAUCAAGACUUAAAAUGCAGAUGUUUGGCUCUCUGGACUGUGUCAUUUACAAACAGGAGCCACAGUGAAGUUGAAGAAUAAUAAUUAAUAAUAUUACAACACCUAACAGUGGGGGUGGAUCAUCAGCAUCAAUACUUGCACCAACACGAUCACACGGACACGCCUCGAGGAUCAUUAAACAAAUCAGAUAAAUGCAGCGCAAAAACCAUCAAUAGAUGUAUUGAUGAGGUGGUAUAUAAAGCUACUGAUUGGCUGAGCCUCGGUUUACUCAACAGCUGGACAACAAUAUUGUAUUAAACUUUCACUGAGGGCUUGACGGGCAAGGCACGCAGUGACGAGAGUGAAGGAUCAAGGACUUUUCCAGAAACAUAUUUAUUUUUAUUGCUACUUUUUUUUUUUUUUUUUUGCCAUUAGGGCUAUAGUGCUGAUUGGAAAAAAAAAAAAUCCCACCACAAAGCUGGAAUACUCUGCCUGCUCUUCAAACUAGAAUGUCUGCUGCUGCCACCACUGCUGCUGGAAGAAUUUAUGAACCAGGUACAUUUUUUUGGCAAAUUUUUCUGAAAUAUUUAUAGCCUCUUGUGUGAAGAUGGUGGCUGUGACAAAGAGCCUAUGGAUGACCCAGCCUGUGGGAGAGCUGGUGCCCAGACAGCAGCCCUCUCCCCCAGCUACGCCGUCCCUCUAGACCCUUCUUUCCUCAGAGAGGCACAGUCGCAGCAGGCUGGGGAUAUGAUGGGGUGACUCUUUGACACCCCCCUCACCCACCCCCUCUCUCAGUUUAUUAGCGGUGUAAUAGAAACAAUGGAUCAAAAUUUCUCAACGGUCCGAGAUGGCAAGCAGCUGCUACCCGAGAGAGACUCAUCCAAACGUGUUCUGACAGGAUGCUUCCUCUCCCUCCUCAUCUUCACCACGCUGCUAGGCAACACGCUCGUGUGCGCCGCUGUCACCAAGUUCAGACACCUAAGGUCGAAGGUCACCAACUUUUUUGUCAUCUCUCUGGCUAUCUCUGACCUUCUGGUGGCUAUCCUGGUCAUGCCAUGGAAGGCGGCGACGGAAAUCGUAGGGUUUUGGCCGUUUGGUGCUUUUUGCAACGUCUGGGUAGCAUUUGACAUCAUGUGCUCCACUGCCUCCAUCUUGAACCUGUGUGUGAUUAGUGUUGACCGCUACUGGGCAAUUUCAAGCCCAUUCCGCUAUGAACGCAAGAUGACACCAAAAGUGGCAUGCCUAAUGAUCAGCGUGGCAUGGACACUGUCUGUCCUAAUCUCAUUUAUUCCUGUUCAGCUGAACUGGCACAAAGCGCAGACCACCAGCUACGUGGAGCUAAAUGGAACGUACCCCGGCGAUCUACCCCCAGACAACUGUGACUCCAGCCUUAACAGGACUUACGCCAUUUCCUCCUCCCUAAUCAGCUUCUACAUCCCUGUGGCUAUUAUGAUCGUCACCUACACCAGGAUCUACCGCAUCGCCCAGAAACAAAUACGGAGAAUAUCUGCACUGGAACGUGCAGCUGAGAGUGCCAAAAACCGCCACAGCAGUAUGGGGAAUACUUCGAACAUGGAAAGCGAGAGCUCAUUCAAAAUGUCUUUUAAACGAGAAACCAAAGUCUUAAAGACACUCUCAGUCAUCAUGGGAGUGUUUGUGUGCUGCUGGUUGCCCUUCUUCAUCCUUAACUGUAUGGUCCCGUUCUGCGAGGCCAACUUACCAGACGGUGCCACUGAGUUCCCAUGUAUCAGCUCCACCACCUUCGAUGUGUUUGUGUGGUUCGGCUGGGCAAACUCCUCCCUCAACCCCAUCAUCUAUGCCUUCAAUGCUGACUUCCGCAAGGCCUUUUCCAUUCUCUUGGGCUGCCACCGGCUCUGCCCCGGGAGCAACGCCAUUGAGAUUGUCAGUAUUAACAACAACAUGGGAGCCCCUACCUCGAACCCAAACUGCCAGUAUCAGCCCAAGAGUCACAUCCCAAAGGAGGGCAACCAUUCAGCCAGCUAUGUGAUUCCCCACAGCAUCCUGUGUCAGGAAGAGGAGCUACAGAAGAAGGAUGGAUGUGGAGGGGAGAUUGAAGUGGGGAUGGUAAACAAUGCUCUGGAGAAACUUUCCCCUGCCAUCUCUGGGAAUUUAGACAGUGACACUGAGGUAACACUGGAAAAGAUCAAUCCCAUAACACAGAAUGGACAGCAUAAAGCCGUGUCAUGUUGAGGAAAAGCAGUGAUGGAUCAGAAUACAGUGAGGCAUGUAUGUUGGCACAAACACUGAGGAAAGAGAAGCAGCCAGACAGCAAGAGAAAUGAAAGAUACAGACAUCUUGCAGAACAUGCCUGACAGGGAAACACAGAGUUGGAUAUAUUCAAACCUUAAGACUGUCAUCAAAAAUCUACAUGGAAAAUUCUACAGAAUGUUUUAAAGUAAAGGCACUUUAUCCUGGAUAUAACUAUCUGCAAAAUACUUUCAGCAUUUAUUGAUGAAAUUGUCAUAUUUGAUGAUAAAUGUUGAUAAGAAUAAUGUGAAUAUAAAAGCAGAACAAAUGUGCACAUGUUUGCAUAUUUCCGGUUACAAAUACGCAUACAUGUGCAUAUGCAUACUGUACAGUAACACCACCAUCCGGGAAGGACUUCAACAGUAUACACUGAAAGGAAGAUGUAGUAACUAUUAGCAAAAUGUCUUGUAGGUAGGUGCUUUGUAUGUGUUUCAUACUCUUGGAAGACAGAACGAUGUGGCUGACCUUGUUUUGGUACAGUUUAAUUAGUUGUUUAUUGCAGUCAUUGAUGAUGAUUUAUUUGAAUUAACAUGAAAACAUCUGUAACGAGGUGAUAAUUUAUUUUAGUUAUAAGUACUUCAGAAACCAAAGUAAUAACCUUCUGAUUCAAACUAGAACAGGCAGGGGGGCAGAUAAUGGUGUUCAUUGAAUUAAAUGUCAGUUUUUGCACUGAAGGGAGUGCUAAACUACAUGAUGAGGAAGAGAAGUAUAAUUUAAAUUUAAUGCCGUAAGCUAAGUAUUUUUAUAUGAAUUUUUUAAUUUUAGACCAGUCCUCUUCACAUUUUCUUGCAGUACAUUCAGAUUUUAUGUCCAGGGGUCCUGCUGAUUUACAUGACAGAUAGCUGAGAGACUGAGGAACUUGCCUUUCCUCAGCUGCAUCCUACAGUCUGUUUCCUUUCCUUUGUAUCCCUCCCUUACUGAUCUGUCUUCAGACUGGCCACCUGGGACGGAUCAGUCUGGCUCACCUGAAGGAUCCUCCCCUUUCUUCUUUUAGCCCUGUUUUCAUUAGUUCCAUCUCUGCUGUCUGCUUUUUUUUUUUUCCUCCUCUCGUGGGCUCUUUGUCUCCUCUCCUCUCCAUUUCACCUCUCCUGUCCUCAGUCAGCAAAGUCCCUCUUUCCCUGAUGCUGCCCUCAUUUCUUCAACAUCGUCAACCUCUUCCUCCUCGCUUUUCCCUCAUUCAGCAGGGAUCCUCAUGCCUGUACUAUUUCCUGCUAUUCCUUCCACACUUCUCCUCACCAUCGUCUUUGGCAGCCCUCCAUUUACAGCAUUUACUCUGCCUAUUAGAAGUGGCACUAAUGAGUCUGUUUUUUUUGGCACGAGUCAGUAUUUAAAAGGUGUUGUCUGUUAACUAGAAAUACUGCACUUGGACAGAGGAGGCAGAGCAGCGACAGAGUUCACUCAACUGGUAUGCAAGUGACACUUUGUGACCUUUUGCGAACUUGCAGAUAUCUGAUUUUCUAAAUUGCUCAUGCUGGGAGCCAUGCUGUGCUGUAGUGGCAAUGUGCAGUGUGCAUAGUGACAAUUUCAAUGUUUGCAUGGGUGGAGUUCAAGACCAAACACCAUGUUGAGGAUUACCUUCUAGAUAUGAGUCAUGUGUUUUGCUUUUUGUAUUAGGGAUGUGUUUUUGCACUCUUUCAAAACCCAAAAAUGCCUCAGAAAGAUAAAACUGUUACCAAAAUUCGAAAAGUUUGCUCAAACAAUGAGAUAUAAAGACCACUUAUACUAGGAAGUGGAACAGCAGGAAGAGGAAAAAACAUCAAUAAAUCUGUUAUAUGUCAAGUCCACCCUAGUAAUAUUGGAAAUACUUCACUAAUGGAAGACAAUUCAUCAUUUACUGUCCUUUAAAUUAGAUUAAAUGGUGUCACAGUAUAAGAGCAGCACAUGCGCAAUUAUCUGGCUAAACAUAAUUAGGUGUCUUUUCACGAACACACUCAAUUUCUCUGUUCGUCUCAGUGUUGCUUGGGGAAUAAUGCUUUCUGACGUUGUAUGCUGAGCAUCCACCACGCUGUGUGUCCGCGAAGGCGUGAAAAUGUUGCACUUCAGAGAAAGGAAUAGUUGAUCCAAUAAAAAGCAAUUGGUCUUGAACAAGGCAUUUGAUUUUCCUGCUCUGGAAAAUCCAAUGCUAUCUAGAUGGCAACAAAGGGGGGGAAAGCUUUUAGCUCAAUAUAUGGCUUGGCUUGUGACACAAAAACAACCCAUUGUCCUCUCUGCCUCGGUCUGUCCUCAGCUCAACACAGGCCAGCAACUCUGCAUAUGUUAAAAACACAUUUCUGCAAACUACAACAUAAACCACUAUUUUUUAAUUUAUAUAAUUAUUCAUAGUUUGAUGUAAAUUAUGUUUCAAGUGCUGCAGUUUAUAUUGCAACUCCCUCCCGCCCCAUACUUUCUAACCCUUAGCCUUUUCAACCAUAUCAGCUCAACAUCCUUCCAUUUUCACCCUUCACCAGUUCCUCCUAAUUUACUCUUGGAUUAUUUCCAAACACAAGCCAGCUCAAACAUACUAUAAAAUGUGAACCGCACAUAAUCUGUCAGGAUUGGACAUGGGAGGGAACUGCCUCCGGGGAAGCUGUGACCACCCCUCCUCCCCCCACCACCACCAUUUCCUUCCCCUCUCUCUUUACUCUAUCUCUUUCUCUUUUCUCUUGGCUGCUUCUGUCGACUUGAUGAGCGUUCCCAGUGUUAACACAGAUUGAAUAUAUUAUUAAACAGACAGGACCUACUGUUUCCCUGCUGUAGUGUGAGUCACAGAGCUGAAACCUUCUCUACCUGGUUAUUAUUAUUAUUAUUAUUAUUAUUAUUAUUAUUAUUAUUAUUGCCAAAAUGGUUAUUUUGGCUGAAUGUGGCUGUAGCUGUGAUUUGCCCAGCGUUUUUUAUAAGCUAAAUAUGGGUUUUCCUCAUGAGAUUUUGCAUUUGUAAAACAUAUAUAGACAUUAAUGUGCCAUUUAUUGUGACAUCAUUGGCAUCAACAGGUUUACCAGAUGUUUUCCAUAUAAGCUGUAUACAUUCAUAGAGACAUAACUCCAGCUGAGAGUAGAGUAUAUCUUCAAUGUGUCUUGGCUCAAUGUAAAAUCCCCCCGAGCCCUCACCUUGUCAAAUCGGUGAGUCAUCUUUCCAGCUGGCUUUGAUUUUGGAAAAGUGUGAUGUCAGGCAACAGUCCCACAAGCAAAAUGUUUUGUUUGAUUCUAAGCGUCUCCUCCAGGCCGCCCUGCAAGUUGCUCGGGGGAGGUAUAGUGACAGUACACAGUCACUCAAUCAACGUUGUUACAUGAUGUAUGCCAACAUAACUAAAUCUGACAGCGCGGAAUCCCUCUUUCCCCUUUAACCGACGGCGGGCCAAGGGACGCGGGAGACAUAGGGCCAAAGAGCAAACCCAGGCCCUGGGAAUGUGGAUGUCUUAUAACGACAGUUUUCAACUAACUUUAAAUGUCUCGCAUUCCCUACCUCGACAUCAAUUCAGUGACAAAGCUUCAUGUAAAAGACAAAAAAAAGAAAAAAACAAAACAAAAAACUAAAACUAAAUGGCAGUAUUUAGGGAAGGGGAGUACAGGGAUAGAGUAUUGUACAAUGAUGUUUAAAAUGUAGUUGUGAUGAACACAAGUGCUUUUUAUCUUCAAAAAUCCUUAAUGUGUGUAGCAAACUUUACAUGAUGUAUGUUUUCUCCAGUGUGGAAUUAUAAUUUACAGUAAAGUUCAGCAGUCACUGACUAUUUAUAUACUGUAUUUAUUAAUUUACAUGUUACUGGUGGUCAUUCAUGAAAGUGAUGUCAAAGAUUAUAACCCUCGAAAUUAUAACAGUAUUUAGUUUACAGUUUGUACAAAAAUGUGCCCUUCUUGUAAAAUAAACAUGUAUGUAUUUUUUUUUCA